CCUCUGGAGUUUUGAAUUUAUUUAUUUCGAGAUUUACGCCCUUCUCAAAAGAUUUCGGGCUGCAAGUCAUCGCCUGAUGAUACGGUGCUCAACUAUCUGUCUUCAAGCUACACCACCCUCUACCAUCGCGUGCGUGUAGCGUAGUAAUCAAGCCAUGCAGUUUGGGUACGGUCUAGUCUUGGCAGCCAUCGUCCUUCCAGCCGUUGCUCAAGAGUCCUUCGACUAUCCCAGAUGUUCCGUUUCCUGCCUCCGUGAGACCCUCCCAGAGAUAGGCUGUUCCCUCCCGGACAUAGCCUGCCAGUGCGGUCCGGCUCGCCAGGAUGCGCUCAGACUGCUGAUCCGGCCAUGCCUCGAGGACGCGUGCGACGCCGAGGCCCGCUCCCGGUUAUGGACGGUCAUGAAUGAAACCUGCGCCUCUUAUUUCGCCACGAGCACACGCCCCGUCUCCUGGCCCACGGAGACUGUCUCUUCGGAACCCGGCUCCAGCGCGGACGGGCUGGGGACGCCGGUCGUCGGGGGAAGUUCCGUCGUCGCGUCGGAGCCUCCAACUGCCGCCACCGAGGCGCCUGAAGAGACGGCAUGGGACGAUGACGUUGGCGAUGACGGCGACCAUGACGAUGAGAGCGCAGCGGCUGCAACAUCGAUUGCGUUGGCAGUCACAGCCAUUGCGUUAUUCAUGGGGGUCGCUAUGGGUUUAUAGUCGGGUUCUUUUCUUUUCUUUUCUUUUCUUUUCUUUUUAUCCUUCUCUGUUUGUAUUUUCCCGUUCUUACCUGGAGAACAGGUUUUGAAUCGAAAAGGCCUAGCAAAUUGAUGCAAUAGACU